AUAAUUACGCGUCUCUCUCGUGUACCUAGCUUUUUGUUUGUGUGUGUCGUGUGUUGUGUGUGUGUAUAAUGUAUAUAUAUACCUAUCAUCUCCUCCUAAUUUAUAUGCUAUAUAUAAUUAAAUCUGAAUUAAUCUGGCUCCUCUUGUGUGAUUGAGAAGAAAACUAUAAUGGCGGUUGAGGAGUCACGUGAAUCGGAGAAGAAGGUGUUUGACGCAGAAGCGGCGUCGUUUCUGGUGAGGGAGUUGAGGGAGAGGUUCGGUACUGGAAGGACGCGGAGUUAUGAAUGGAGAGUGACGCAGGUGAAGGCGCUACUGAAGGCGGUG